UCUUUCCCUUUAGUCUGCCUCCAGGAGCCCUCCAUAGGUAUGUGCAGGGCCUUCACCAUUCAAUACGUUUACGAUGUCUCCAGUGGCCAGUGUAUAGAAAUGACGUACGGGGGAUGUGGAGCCUCUGAGAACAGUUUCACGACGUUGCAAGAGUGUCAGCAAACAUGUGAAAAGCCCUGUAACAAACCGCAAGUAGCCGGGCCUUGCCGGGCCAACCUUCCCCACUACUAUUUCGACCGAGGGACGCUAUCUUGCCAGCUUUUUGAUUACGGCGGUUGCGAAGGAAAUGGCAACAACUUUGAGACGUCGGAAGAGUGUGAAGCGCACUGUGGGGGCAUACGGGACCGUAUUCUGUCUCUGGACCCCUCCAGAGGGAAGGCGUUCAAGGACAGUGUAACAAAAUGUGGAACGGGUGGUGGAUCAAAGGACGGAUGUACAGAAGAUGUCCAUAGUAAUUCAAAGGGCACUGAUGGUGAGACUAAAGACGUUGAUGUUAAGUCUGGGGAUAGUGAUAGUAAGUCGGAAGAUAGUGAUAGUAAGUCGAAGGAUAAUGAUAAUAAGUCAGGGGAUAGUGAUAGUAAAUCAGAUGAUAGUGACAGUAAGUCGGAGGAUAGUGAUGGUAAGUCAGAGGAUAGUGAUAGUAAGUCGGGGGAUAGUGAUAGUAAGUCAGAGGAUAGUGAUAGUAAGUCAAAGGAUAAUGAUAGUAAGUCAGGGGAUAGUGACAGUAAAUCAGAUGAUAGUGAUAGUAAGUCAGAGGAUAAUGAUAGUAAGUCCUCAGAGGACAAAGACGGUAAUGGCAAGGACAGAGGAGGUGAUAUUAAGAAUGGAGAUCUGGCUGGAAAUGGUGGAGCAAAGAAUGGAAAUAGGGAACAAGAAACAACCCAGACUCCAGAAACGACACAGGUACCCACCGCAAGGGGACAGCCCAAUCAACCCGGAAACAACGGAGAAGAGCCAGAUGUUGCUUUCGGUAAUCUGAUGAAGUAUCGACCAAAAAAACUGUUUGACUCUUUCAAUUUUGCUGCUCAUAUUCUAUUUAGACCAAACAAGAAGCCCAAGCAAAAUAAACAUUGAAUAAAUUAUAUAUUAUAAUAUAUAAUAUUAUCAGUUUUAUGAGCAAAAAAUGGGAUUAUUACGACCAAGUCAUAAUAUAAUGUACUGGAUUAUAUUGGGUCUUUCCUUUGAGUAUAACUUUCGUCGCGAAUCUAGAAAUAAAUAUGAUGAAGUACUUUCA